GCUGAGAUCGCCUGAGGUCCUUCCUGGUGCAUUCGUGAGUGGUAGCAAUUCACAAGAAGCAACUACAGUCAUCAUGACCGGCGAUCGUCGCAUCCCAGAGCCAACGGCAGAACAACUCCUGCAAGAACACGAGGACUACCGCAAGCAGCGACUGGUCCUCGGCAACGACGGGCUCGACGGGCGGCGGCGGGGCGAACCCAUCAACCCCGGCUACACCAUCACCCGCUGGCUAUCAGCCGACUACCUCCCAGUGACCGACCGCGCGAGCCAGCAACUCGCAAAGCGAUGCUCCGACCUGUACGACUCGUUCCGCGCAUCCGAAACAACAACCACCGACGCCACCGACGCCAGCGACAAGGACAAGUACAACAGCAACAACAACAUCACAACCAACAAGAACCCCAACUCCACCACCACAUCCACCAACAACAACAACAACCCCCCAAACACUACCUCACCCCUCCAACAGCCCCCCCUCCAACACCACCACCACCACCAAACCCAACCCCAAACCCUCCUCCACAUCUCCCCCGCCGACCUCCACGAAUACACCACCCUCCUACACAACCUCCACACCCCCACCCACCACGCCCCCCUCAACAGCCCCUUCCCCUUCACCCCGACCCGCCUCGCCCAGCUGCACGACCGCCUGCAACAGCUGCACACCCACCUGGCACACCAGGCCCACCGGCUCAACGCGCACGCGGCCGCGGUAGCAAGCCGCGAGGCCGCACUGUCGGAGCGGGAGGAGUAUGGGCAUCAUGUGAAUGGGGAAACCGGGAAUUUAAACCAAAACGGCAACGGCGAUGGCUAUGGCUAUGGGCAUGGGAAUAAUCAGGCUCUGAUAAUCAGACCGUACGUGGAGAUCAUGGAGGGCAUUCUGGCCUGCGUAAGCAGGACCAAGGACUUGGCCGGGUGUCCGCCGCCCGUGGCUGCGAUGCUGUUGGAGAAGUUGGAGGCCGAGGUGGCAAGGCUGGUGAACGAGGGGAGGUCUCUGAUGACGAGGGCGGUUAUGCCUCCUGGCCCUGCUGCUCUUGUACCGGCACAGCACGCUGAGAUGGUCGGCGCGGCUCUUGUGGCGAACCUCAAGACAAACGCCAGGACGAUAAUGCAGGAGUUGGAGGGAAGGAAUCCGGUCGGGGUGAGCAGCGGGAAUGCUGCGGUCCAUAAUGACGACCUGAACAUGGUGGAUUGGGUAGAUUUCGAGGCGGGAGACAAAGGUGAUGCUGCCCAGGCUCAGUAGUGGUUCUCAUGUUCGGGUAUUGGGAAAACGAGCUGGACGAGGGGUCACUGGCUUUGUUAGCGUCAACAUAUCUUGGCUUUGACUUUGGCUACGGCGUUCGGCGGGGUUCAGGCAAGCGGCAUUUGAUACCCAUAGUUAGUUGACGGGAGGCACC